CUGUUCACAGAUGGCUGCUGGUUCAAGUCCCAGAAGAGAAUCGCCACCUCUUUGUAGAUGAGCGAGAGCAUCGCUGUCACUGUAAGCGCGCUGGGCGACAGCGGCCUGCAGUGCAAGUGUCACGGCCCCAGAGGGACAGUGUGACCUCGGCGUGCGCUCUCCCGCCACUGUGGCGGCCAGUCUGACCACUGGGGACCACGCACACGCCGGGCCUGUUGCCACACGCUGUGUGUGUGUGUGUGUGUGUGUUAUAGUGAAUGUCCCAAAGCUGUGUCUCGCCAAGGGAUCGCAUGCAUAUUGUUGUGACCUUACGCACGCACGCACGCACAGCAGUGUGUAUCCAAAGAUCCAGCUGGGUGUGAAAGGGACCCUCUGUAACACACCGAUGUUCUAGCUCGGUGGGUUGUGAAACUCAACUACGGCGUGUGUGUGCGCGCAGGGGCGAGGAUGGAAAUGCAGUGUAUGGGUGCGGUGCUACUUGUGAACGUUGUUACUCAGGUUUUCAGAGGUACUUUGCUCUGAGUGGGUCGCUGUGCUCCUCCAUCCUCGGUGUCCCUCAUCACUGUCCAGCAUCACUGUCCCUCUGGUCCUCAUGUCCUCCAGCUGUGUGGAAUGUGUGACAUAGCACAACACACAUGUGCACCAUCUGCCCACCCCCACCCGCUAUUUACACACAGAUAGCAGAGUGCAGAGUCACAGCUACUCUGACUCACACACACUGAGACACACAUAGCGUGUAGCCUGAGUGCAGCUGCAGUAACACACUCCAUGAGCCCUGCUAAGUGUGUGCGUGUGUCACGUGUGGCGUGUCGCUCGCGGUGUCCUGUACUGUGUCCUUCGCACAGAGCCUGGACCCCCGAGGGACAGACGUGGAGACACCCGCUGGAUGGACGCUAAGCCUCAUUGGCCGUCUUCAGCCGCCAUUGUUUAAACAGCGGGGCCUUGGUCCCCCUCCCCUUUCCUCCUCCCCCACCCCAUCCACUGGCCCCAAAGAGCCUCUUUGUGCUGUGGUCCUGGUUCGAGUUAGCGCCCCCCUCCAGCACCCAGCGCUGCAUCUGGACCUCGUUUCCUGUUGGUGCUGCUCUUGGCGCGGGCGCGAGCGAGCCGGACCGGGGGAGGGGUCCGUCCGAGUGCUCUUGACUGGCAGGACCUCGCAAGGCCCGCGAGCAGUCGCUGUGGUUGCUGCCCCCCGCUGGUGGGAAGCGUUAUUACCGCUCCGUUAGAGCUCAUCGGGAGUUCUCCGCUACGUCGUCUAAGAGGCCCUCGAACCCGUCUCCUGCUGUCCCCAUUGGCUCAACUGUUCCGCUCGCGACCACGAUCGCUCCAGCAGCAUGGGCGCCAGUGCUGCUUUCGCUCCCGUCUGCUUGGACUGCUCGUCCCAACUUGGAUCUGCUCUUCUCAGACCGGACCCAUUCCCAUGAUCCUUCAGGCUCUGGGCGACUCAGACCUGGCUGCAGUGCUGAAGCAGAUCCGCGUGCUGGUGGGCGCCAGCGCCACUGGAUCCCGGGAGCACUACAGCGUGGACGAAGUGCUCACGCUGCUCGUGUACGUGUACGGCCUGGGCGUGGCCACGGAGCACGAGUCCGAGCAGCAGCAGGAGGAGAGCAAGCUCAUCGGGGCGCUCGCCCUUGCCGUCACCAUGGAGACGGAGCUGUCCCCUCUGCUGCGCACGCUCACUGGGUGCGAGACCCCUGCGGAGCUGACCGCUGAGAGGGCCCAUUCCGCCAUGCAGAGGGUGUUUGACACGCUGAGGGGCGUGGCUAGCGCCCGCGCUCACCUGAAGCAGCUGCGCUCUGUGUACCACGCCGGGGAUGGCGUGCACCAGGCGACCUACAGGCCUUUCCUGAAGCAGCUGCUGGAGGAGAUCUACCAGGGGGAGCGCGCUGACUGCCCUGAUGUGGAACACGUGUCGGCCGGGAUCACGGAGCUGCUCAAGACGGGCUUCAGCAUGUUCAUGAAGGUGAGCCGCCCACACCCCAGCGACCACGCAUUGCUCAUACUCUUUGUGGUGGGCGGAGUCACACCCUCUGAGUUGCGUCUCAUACGGGAGGUGGUCUCCACCCUCAGACCAGGUACACAGGUCCUGGUUCUAUCCACCAGGCUGCUGAAGCCCACGGAUGUCCCAGAGCUACUCUUCAGCAAGGACAGCCUCGCACCCGACAUCAGCAUCUGAGGGGCACAGGGGGACACGCCCACUGGCCACAUCCAACCGAUAACGCACACAGAGAAGUUAAUUUGUCCGCAUGCAGUCUGGUGGCAGCACUGUAACUGAGUGUGAGAGGGGUCUCUUCCAUGGUUCCUCCUGUUCUCUGCCCUCGCUGCCGCAAAUAAAGACAGAGUGAAGCUCCUGGUUUGACCUCAUGAGCUGCUUGUUAUGAAGCCCCCCUCCCCCACCUUCCCCUGCUGCUGUGUGUAUAAUGAGUAAUGGGAGCCAAGCUGCGUGGAAUGGUGUGAAGGUACGCUGGAGGGGAACACACAUCUCACUGCUUGGGGUACAUUCCACACUAGUGGCUGCUGGGGCCUCUCGGCACCUGCUCGCACUGAUGGGGCUCACAGGCACUCUGCGGGAGAUUUACUGCGUUGGAUCCCCCCCAUUUCCACCAGCGUCAUUCAUUGCCCACGUAACCCUUUGCUCCAAGGCACCUUGGUCAGUGAGGUUAGCCUACUGAUGUACUUAGCCGAUUUACCUAUUUAUACAGCAGGGCAAGUACCCUGAUGAGCGACUAUGACAAGUCAUCAGUGAGGCUACAGGCGUACAGAACUGUGGUGGUCAAAGUGCUUUUCACCACUUUAUUUGGAAAGAACCAUAAAUAAACCAGUCGCCACAAAACACCCUCGGCUUCUCAAAGUCUCAACUCUCCUGAAUGUGAGUGCCAAGGCCCCGCCCACCAGUGGCACUAUCCAGGUGAGGGGGUCAGGGACAAACUCCUACCCCUCCGUGAAGCUCAGCAGAACAAAGAG